CAGUAUCCAUUGAUUAAUUAUUCGUUUUUGGUUCUACGUCCAGUUGAAUUUUUCAACUUUCCAAUGGCUCCUUCGUCACGUCAGGUGAACCUUUUUUUCUUUCGACUUCUGCAGAUGGAAAAUUCGCUUGACUUACUUCGUUGACCUGAGGACUCUCCUGUGCUUAAGGCCUGAAUUUGCAUUUGUGCUCUCUGAACCUGACUCAAUAUCAAACAGAAAGCGCUCAUGCUUACCACAAAUUAAUAAUGGUAUACAGAUCUUGAUUAAAAUUUCCAGAAUAAAGGGAAAAAUUAGCAAAUAGGUUUGGUCGAGCAAAAGAAUUUGAUCCGCUAAAUGAACCCUCAUAAAUAUUUCAUAAUCCUGCACUUCUUUAUUGUCCUACCCAUUACCAUAGAAGCACUGACACAACCCAAUUAUCUCAAUCAUGUUUGCUCAAAUACAACCACUUUCACCAGAAACAGCGCCUACAAUGCCAGCCUUAAUUCCCUCCUCUCUCUUCUUUCGUUGAAUGCAAACCGCCAAAGUGGGUUCUACGACACCGCUUCUGGGGAGGAGCCGGAUGCUGUCUUUGGCCUCUUUCUAUGCGCCGGUGACAUUAGCUCCAACAUCUGCCAAAAUUGUGUCAGAUUUGCUACCAAGGACAUCAUCCAGCGUUGUCCGACUGAAAAGACGGCCAUAGUAUGGUACGAUGAGUGCUUCCUGCGUUAUUCGAGCCAGCCCAUAAUAAAUAUCAGGACACAGGAGCCUUCUAUAAUUAUGCGGAAUAUACAAAACGUCACAGAUGAAGAACUUUUUAACGAACUUCUUGUCACCACAAUGAAAGAGACAGCAGAUCAGGCAGCGAAUGUUCCGUCAGGUGCUAAAAAGUUUGCUGUGAAAGAAGCAAAUGUUACCGGAUUUCAAAGCCUGUACACUCUAGCGCAGUGCACAUCGGACCUGUCUGCUUCUGAUUGUAAUAUUUGUUUUACGAAUGCUGUCUCAUCUCUUCCUCUUGGAAGGCGAGGAAGAGUUUUGACUCCAAGCUGUUAUAUUCGGUAUGAGCUCUACCCGUUUUAUAAUGAAACCGGAUUUCAACCUGAAGUUUCUCCAUCUAAGACUGUGGUCAUGGGAUCGUCAUUUUCCCCUCCAUCUCCUUCUCCUCCUCCUCCUCCAUCUCCAUCUCCAGCUCCAGCGAAGAGAGCUGAAGGUAAAGUUGAGAAAUGAAGGGGAAAAACCAAAUCAACGCAGACUAAAGUCAUUGCAAGUGUUUCUGCAGCUAUUGUAGGGUUACUGAUGAUCGGUUCCUCCAUUUACGUUAUAUGGAGAAAGAAGAUUCUUAAAAGGAGAACAAUAGGAGAUGGCCAGUCAAUCACAGAUAUUCAAGGAGAGAUGCAAUUGAACUCCCAGGAUUGUCCUUUAAUCCCAUUUGAUACAGUUAGUCAAGCCACGAUGCACUUUUCUGAUGAAACUAAACUUGGAGAAGGCGGGUUUGGCCCAGUAUACAAGGGUACAUUAGUAAAUGGCAAAGAAGUUGCAGUUAAGAGGCUCUCAAGAACUUCUGCUCAAGGACUACAAGAAUUCAUGAAUGAAGUAACUUUAAUUGCCAAACUUCAACAUAGAAACCUUGUCAGACUUCUAUGUUGUUGCCUAGAAAAUAAUGAGAAGUUACUUGUCUACGAGUACAUGCCAAACAAAAGUCUCGAUGUCUUUCUUUUUGAUUCAAAGAUGGGUAAGCAUCUUGAUUGGAGAAAACGCCUUAGCAUCAUCAAUGGGGUUGCUCGGGGUCUCUUGUAUCUGCAUGAAGAUUCUCGACUUAGAAUUAUUCACAGGGAUUUAAAAGCUAGUAAUGUUCUGCUCGAUUAUGAAAUGAACCCCAAGAUAUCAGACUUUGGAAUGGCAAGGAUUUGUGGAGGAAAUGAAAAGAAUUCCACAAAUCGAAUUGUUGGAACAUAUGGAUACAUGUCUCCAGAGUAUGCUAUGGAAGGACUAUUUUCUGUAAAAUCAGAUGUUUUCAGUUUUGGAGUUCUGCUCUUGGAAAUGAUUAGCGGCAAAAGGAACGGGGGGUUUUAUCUUUCAGAACAGGGAGAAAGCCUCCUCACUUUUGCAUGGAAGCUGUGGUCUAAAGGCCAAGGGUUGGAAUUGAUGGAUACAUCACUUCUGGAGUCUAGUGUGGCUGCUGAGGUCCUGAAGUGUAUCCACAUUGGAUUAUUGUGUGUGCAAGACGACCCAACGCAGAGACCGACUAUGUCAUCUGUGGUCGUUAUGUUGGCAAGUGAUACCAUAACGCUUCCUCAACCAAGAGAACCUGCAUUUUCUGUUCAACAAUUUUUAGCAAGAUCAGCUCCAUUCUCAAGUCCCAAAACUUGUUCUGUUAAUGAGGUAACUAUUUCAAAUGUAUCACCACGUUGAUUGCCAUGUUACUCUUUUCAUAAAACUCAUACACAUUCAAGGCUUGAUUCAUUCCGGUAAAUCUUUUACAUAGAAACUCGCCGCAAAUGUUCAAAAUUGAACCUUUGCAUUAUAUUUUCACGGAAA